CAGCUCUGUCUGUUAGCGGCUCACUCACUCACACAUUCAUUUAAACUCACAGCUCCGCUUCAUUCACAGGCCUGCUCAGUUAUGAACAUGAUGCAGUUUUUAGCGAGUUUUAUUUAUUUGGCGCUGUUGUGUAGUAGGAUAUGCUGUGAUAAUGACACAGAAGAGGAUGAGCACGCCAAACACACAUACACGGUGGAGAUGUUUAAUGAUGCCGUCUCUACUGCUCCACACUUCGUCAUGUUCUACGCGCCCUGGUGUGGUCACUGUCAGAGGCUGCAGGGGACGUGGAAUGAGCUGGCAGAUAAAUAUAACAGUAUGGAAGCUCCUCCAGUGUAUGUUGUGAAAGUCGACUGCACAAAAGACACAAAGUUUUGCUCCAGUGAGCAUGGGAUCCGCGGAUACCCUACUCUUAAGUUGUUUAAACCUGAUCAGGAGGCUGUAAAGUAUCAGGGCCCAAGAGACCUGCAGGCACUGGAGACAUGGAUGCUGAAAACUCUUCAGGAGGAACCCGAAGAACCCCAGACUGAACCUGAGCCUCCAAAAGUCCCUGAACCCAAACAGGGCCUGUAUGAACUCACAGCCACAAACUUCAAAUCACACAUCUCUAAAGGUUCUCACUUUGUGAAGUUCUUUGCACCGUGGUGUGGCCACUGCAAAGCCAUGGCUCCAACUUGGGAACAGCUCGCCACCAGCUUUGAGCAUUCAGACAGCGUCAAGAUCGGCAAGGUGGAUUGCACACAGCACUAUGAAGUGUGUUCAGAUAAUCAGGUUCGUGGUUAUCCCACGCUGCUCUUCUUCACUGAUGGAGAGAAGGUCGAUCAGUACAGAGGAAAGCGUGAUCUGGACUCAUUUAAAGAGUUUGUCGAUAAUCAUGUAAAAGCUGCUGCAUCUAAAGAUGAACCUGUGAAAGAGGAGGAGCACGCUCACGAAAUCCCACCUAGCAUUGAACCCGAAAAACAAGAGGACAAUGUUCUUGUAUUGACUGAGGGCAACUUUGAUGAAUCUUAUCCUGUCGUUCAGCAGCUCACGCAAUGUGUGUUUGUGUAUUUAAGGUGUGGUCACUGCAAAAACCUGGCCCCUACCUGGGAGGAUCUAUCUAAGAAGGAGUUUCCUGGUCUGACCGAUGUGAAGAUUGCUAAAGUGGACUGCACCGUGGAGAGAACGCUCUGCAACAGAUACUCUGUGCGUGGAUACCCAACUCUACUGAUGUUCCGAGCAGGGCAACAGGGGGAGGAGCAUAAUGGAGGGCGGGACUUAGAGAGCUUGCACAAUUUUGUUAUGAAGCAAGCGAGAGAUGAGCUGUAACCCCUCCCUCAUUUUCCACCUAGAAACACAUCCUCCACAAAGCAACACUUUCUACAUUUACCGUACAAACUGACUGCUUUUUGUUUAUUUCUGAUGUUCCGCCUCCUGAAGCGAACACAGUCUUUUACACAUGAUAAAAUGUGAAUGUACAUGAUUUCAUCUCUUGUCAGUUGAUGAGAUUAUUAGCUAUUACAACUACAGACUUUUGAUUUCGCCCUUUCUCUGUUAAAACGAUUAUGAAAAAUGACUUUAAGAUCAGUACAUCAUUUUAAGGUGCAUAUUUUGUCGGUUUUGUUUGAGGAAAUUCUGCUUAGUUUACGAUCAGCUAAGAAAAUAUGACCUCAGGGAGACCAUGUACCAUUUAAAGACCACAAUGACAUGUACCUGCUGUGAUUUCAGUUUUUCCUCUAUUCGGUGUAAAAUACUAUGGCACUUUGACCAUGAACAUGAUUUUUUUUUUUUUUUUUUUGUUUGUUUCAAAUGUUUCUGUUGUGGUCUUAGCUUUUGAAAUGGUUGUAUCAUUUAGAAUAUUAAACAUUUAUUAAAUAAACCAGACUAAGGUAGUUUGUUAGCCAGGCAGACUGGGAGACCUGCUUAAACCAACCCAGACCGGGAUGGUGACUAACUGGUUACUUGUCUGUAAUCAUCAAACUUGGCCAGUCUUAACCAUCUUGAUGGCCAGUGAACCAUAUUGGGCUGGUUUAAUAUCUUUGGUUAAUUUCUUAUAAAGCUUCUUAAUGUUCUUAUAGACAUAUGAAUAGGGUAAAUGCAUUAGACGUAUCCUCAAUAUUUCCAUUACGUAAUGCGUUUUUGCAAUAUCUCAACACUAAAGGUAAAACAAUGCAAAAUAGAUCGUUUUUGCUGUAUAAUGACUGUUCAUGGAAAUAUGGUUUACUUACAGUAGAGGUUGUGAAAGGUUAAAGCAUUUAUGGUACAGUUUUUUUUUUUUGUAGAUUAUUCUGCAGAUGUGGCUUUUGUAGUUUCCCCUUGUCAUUUUUCAUUUUGAUUAGGUUGGAUUAUUUAGACUUUAGAUCUGUUUGAGUCUCUCUUUUUUUUUUCUUCUUUUUUUCCCCCUCUGCAAUUCAGUAUUGAAGGCUUUCAUAUGCAUUCAACCACUUUAAAUAUUAUUAAUGAACUGCUUAAAAAAAAAUCAUAAUGGUAAAAAACUCAGACACUAGCGUAGCCUGGUAUCAUUGCUUGAAGCACGCCGAUAGACUUGUACGUGUUCUCCUGAAGCGAUCUAGUGGUUUCAUUGAUUUAAAUGUAAUUUUCAUUUUUCCUUUCAAAUAUUCCCACACCGAGAUGUUUAUUUUUCUCUCUUACUGGAUCUGAAAGAGAAGGAAGGGAAAAGCAAUCAGAGAAACCACAUAUAUUCAGUGAAGUUUUUAUGGUAGGCACAUGGUUAAGGCCGAACUCGCUGAAAAAUGCAGUAUUUUUGUCCUGUGUGAGAGGGGUACACACUGCCUGGGGGGGGUUUGUACAAAAAAAGGCAUGUUGUGAGAAAUUUCAUAAUAAAAUGUCUUUUUCCAAAAA